GCCCGGCACGGCGCUGGAUUCUGGAAAGCGGACAUGUUCGAGUGCACAGAUUCUGAGUUCAUGGCCCGCCUCGAAAGUUGGGGCCGGGAGUUUGCCUUGAGUAUGGUGGGACGGGUAUGGCCUGCCGCCAUCUACGGCCAGCACAGGUUGCAAGUGGCCUACAUCCAGGAGUAUUUCAAGGCGAGGGCGAAUGCCACCGAGGCCGAACUGGGACGCUUGAGGCAGCUGUCGGAGAAGGGGCCCGAUCCUGAAGAUGCACAGGAUCAAGUUCUACAAGACCUUCGCCAGUUUUUCGACUGCAUCCUCCAGGACCCACAGGUGAAGAUCGUGGAUUUGGCUGGUGGUCCAGGAUGUUGCGCUGCAGGCGCCUGGCGCUUCUUUACUGGCAGCAUGGGGUGCUGCGCUGUCGAGGCAACCGUUGCAGACCCUGUCGAGGAGUGGUCAUGGUGCCACGAGCUUCUGGGGCUGCAGUUUCGGCCCUGUGCCAGCUUGUCGGAUAUGCUUGUGGAGGACUGCACCUUUACCGCUGAUGUCGUCCUUCUCGGCUGGGCCAUGAACUUCGCUUCGGCGAGCUUCUUUGAUCGUCUUCGGAUGGCCUUCAACCAGCGUUCGACUUUUCUGCCGGGAUCGAGGUCUCAGGCGCUGGUCAUUGUCAUGGACAGGCGUCUUGACCACCUCACCUUCAAGGACAAGCGCGAGAAAGAGCUGCGGAAGCCUGGAGUCCUCCAGAAGGAUUACGGUGCCAACGUGUGCUAUUCCUGGGUGUUGGGAAGCCCACCGCCUCCUGCCUCCUGUAGGUUAAAGAAGCGAGCCAGUGCAGGACCACUCGCAACGAGAGUCUGUUCUGGCUACUCUAGGCAAUCAAGGCUUCUCAGUUGGACUUGCGAAGCCUUUUCUGUGAUGUUGUGCAUUCGGAAAGCGUCCGGUGAAGAAGUUAUCGCUCGGCCACUGGACAACUUUGUCGAGACAUGCUUGCAGCAAGCUGACCUUGAAUGUCCCACAAUUCGAGCAUUAAAGCGGUACCUGCAAACCCUCUGUGGGCUUCCAAGAUUCAGGCAACGGCUCAUACUUUCGGACGGCACUCUACUUGAUGAUAAUGAUGCGCUGGUCACUGCCGAGGCGCAGCUCGUUCUUCUGGCUUUCUGCCAAACUACCGAAGUAGAGGAGGCUGGACUCAAGUAUGCGGCAGGAAAGGGCGAGACUGAAAUGAUGGAGAAUCUUCUCCAAAGGCCACAAGAUCCAGAUUUGGGCUAUCCGCGACCUUUGUGGCUCGCAUGUGGUUUUGGCCACCUGGAAGCCGCUCGAUUGUUGCUGGAAGCUGAGGCUGACACAAACGCGGCCGACACGGGUGGCGCGACCCCACUCUCUCUCGCAAGUCAGAGUGGCCACUCAGAGGUCGUACGACUCUUGCUCCUGGCCAGAGCCACAUCGUCGGCCAACAAUAACAAUGUGACUCCGCUGCUCUACGCUUGCCAGGACGGCCACACCGAGGUUGUAAGCUUGCUGUUGGAGGCCAGAGUGGACACUAACCAGGCCACAAAUGUUGGCCACACCCCACUGUUCAUGGCCUGCCAAAACGGCUACACGGAGGUCGUGCGCCUCCUGCUAGCAGCCAGUGCAGACGCGGGCAAGGCCAGCAACAAGCAGGUGACACCAUUGCUCAUUGCAUCUCAAAGUGGCCACUUGGAGGUUGCGCGUCUUCUCUUGGAAGCUCGUGUUGAACCGGGCAAGACCGACCAGAACGAUGUGACACCCUUGCUGCUUGCCAGCCAAGACGGACAUGUAGAGAUGGCAGAGCUCUUACUUUCGGCAAGGGCCGAUGUGGGCAAGGCCGACAUCGAUGGAGAAACUCCGCUGCUCUUGGCUUGCUUAGAUGGCCACUUGGGCAUUGCAGGCCUCCUGCUUGAGGCCAGGGCUGAUGUCGACAAGGCCCGAGACGAUGGCGCGACCCCGUUGAUGCUCGCCUGCCAGAACGGCCACUUGGAGGUGGUGCAACGGUUGCUUGAGUCCAGAGUGGACCCGGGAAAGUCCGGGAGAAACGGGGUGACCCCAAUGUGGUUUGCAGAUCAGACCGGCAACUCGGAGUUGAUCCGCCUCUUGCAGGAGGCAAGUUCUGACAGCAGAGUUCGCUCGGCGAAGAGAGCCAGGCUAGGUAUUACCGAACCCAGAUAG